UAUUCUGAUGACUAAAUGUUGUUUCUUCUUUCUUUUGCAGUUCCACCACCCCCUAGUAGAUAUGAUCGGCGAGUAUCAGUUUGCGCUGAGGCUUACAACCCUGAUGACGAAGAGGAGGAUACAGAACCAAGGGUGAUUCACCCUAAAAGCGAUGAACAGAGAUGCAGACUUCAGGAAGCUUGCAAAGAUAUUCUCCUUUUCAGAAAUCUUGACCAGGAGCAGCUGUCUGAAAUCCUCGAUGCCAUGUUUGAAAAGAUAGUGAAAGCUGAUGAGCAUGUCAUUGACCAAGGAGAUGACGGAGACAACUUCUAUGUCAUAGAACGGGGAACUUACGAUAUUUUAGUAACAAAAGAUGAUCACACCCGUGCUGUUGGUCAGUAUGACAACCGUGGAAGUUUUGGAGAACUCGCUCUGAUGUACAACACCCCACGGGCUGCUACCAUCGUGGCCACUUCCGAGGGCGCCCUGUGGGCGCUGGACCGGGGGACUUUUAGAAGAAUCAUAGUGAAGAACAAUGCACAGAAACGGAAGAUGUUCGAAUCAUUUCUUGAGUCUGUGCCCCUCCUUAAAUCACUAGAGAUAUCCUGUGACUUUCAGUUGAGGUCUGUUCCUUGUAACGUGUGCGUAUUGUUCCAGGCGUCGGAGCGAAUGAAGAUUGUGGAUGUGAUAGGAGAGAAGGCCUAUAAGGACGGAGAACGCAUCAUCGCGCAGGGUGAAAAGGCUGAUAGCUUUUACAUUAUAGAGUCUGGUGAAGUGAGCAUCUUGAUUAAAAGCAAGACUAAAGUAAACAAGGAGGGUGGCAACCAGGAGGUGGAGAUUGCCCGCUGCCAUAAGGGACAGUACUUUGGGGAGCUUGCCCUGGUGACCAACAAGCCCAGAGCGGCUUCUGCUUAUGCUGUGGGAGACGUCAAAUGCUUAGUUAUGGAUGUCCAAGCGUUCGAGAGGCUGCUGGGGCCCUGCAUGGACAUCAUGAAGAGGAACAUCUCCCACUACGAGGAGCAGCUGGUGAAGAUGUUUGGCUCCAGCCUGGAUCUCAGCGAUCCUGGGCAGUAGGUGUGCCGCCCCGCAGCCUUCUCAGCGUGACACCGAGACCUCCCGUCAGCCACAGGACACACACAGCAGACGCGACAGAACUGCUGCUGCCGUGGCUGUGGCCACGGGUGUUUAGGAAACAUGGAAGUCAGCACUAAAGGAGGGUAGAGGUCCAACCCCCACCUCCACUUUGCUCUGAAAGCCUAUUGUUAGACUUGUGAUGAGUAUUCCAGCCCAGUUUCACAUCUUUGGUUCCAAACGGCAUGUCUCUCCAACAAUUAAGUGCCUGAUACAAAGUCCAAAGUGUAACGUCUCCCUUUCCUCUCCUGCUGCUGCUGUUGCUCUAGGAAGUUAGCACAGGUCUGCGCAGCCUGUGGCAUAACUGUCCGCAGCCUCGCCCGGCCCUUCUCAAGGGAGGAACACUGCAGCCUUCCAUCUCGUGUGUCCUUUGAGGAGUCCACGUGUGUUCACAAUUGUAGCCUUUGGUUUUACAGUGGGAAAUGCUGGCAGUAAGACGGAGGCCUGUGGUCCUGUGGCAUUGUUCUGUCUGCGGAGAGCUGCACACGUAACAGCUGCCUCCCAACUCGCAGUGAUGCUUAGGGGACGGCCCUGCCCGGGCCCAGCGGGUCAGCACCGAGCACGCUGACUGGUCCUUGGGGCCCAUGUUAGAGCAGGACCUUUGGGUUUGGUACUUUCUUCAGGUAGAAGAACGGGAAGGUUUUCUGGGUUGGGGAGGAGGAGUUCUUUUAGGUUUUGUUUUGUUUAAUCUCUGUGCAGUUUGCAUGAAUAAAUUGCUAUCCGUUUAUAAGGAG